AUGCGGCAUCUCUGCUUGCUCAUUUGCCCAGGUUUUACAAAACAAUUUUUGGGUGCCCUAAAAGAUUUGUCAAGCCAAGAGACAUUUGGUCUUCUCACAUGGCCAUCUUCAAAAAGCAUGUCUGUACCUGAGAGCCUAUGCCUGGAAGAGGCUGGGAAAGGUCGGGUGGCAGAGACAAAUCGAGCUGCGUUUACUCAGCAGCGCUUGACCUCCGUAGUUGUCAAAGCAAGAACCAGGCUAGCCCGGGCUUUUAGAAGAGUUCCCCCACCCGCCGCGCCGCCCAAGUGGGUCAAGAGUCCACAAGCCACAGUCAAGGCAUUGCUGAGUGGCGAGCAAGGCCGAGCUCGCGAGAAAGGAGGCUCCGCGGUCAGCACCAAGGACAAGGGCCUCAGGGUGGCGGAGCGGACACAAGGUCACUGCCGAGAGAGCCCCGUGGAGGAGCUGAAGAGCGCGUGGCGGGGCUCUGGGGUUUGGCAGUGUGGGGGUGUCUGCGAGGGGGUGUCUGCGGGGGAGAACUGUGUGUGUGUGGGGGGGGGGAUGAGGGGAGGCUGGUCCCUGCCGCGGUCUCCUCGAUUCUGCGCCAAGAGGCAGCGGGUGGCGGUGGCGGAGCCCGGGACGCCCUUCCCUUCGCUGCGCGACAUCCCUGCCCCUGCCCGGCCCAUUGGGGGCGCUCAGCAGCUGGAGGCCAGCAAAGUCCUUCCCUCGGCCGGCAUUGUGACCCCUUCAGCCCUUUCCUUCUGUCUCGGUCAGGCCAGCGCCACCACCGUUGCAGGCUCGGGGUUCUUUUGGACACCUUCCCCCUCUCCCCCUCCACACCAUCCCCGGACUCUGACCGCGCCCUCACGGCUAGGGGCCCUGGGUGGCCUUAAGCUCCACCGGCCCAACUCCUAG